AACGUGGCAACAAACCCGCCGAAGCGGCGAGCUGCGCGACCGAACACGCUGGUCUCAGAUACGCCGUUAUCAGACACUCGGUUAGCUGAACAGGUUUUACAGCCAAACCAGCGACGCGUUCAGAUAAACGACCCAGAUCACAUGGCCGGCACGCGGAUCUCGGAGCGCCUGCCACCGCGCGCAGAACCGACUCACGCGACCGUCGCCUUCGGCGACCGCGCGCUGCCGAGGUUAUCGGCGGAGCUGCAGCACGUGGAGCUGCGCGUCCGGCAGGGGGCGCUCGCUGCUCUCGGCGAGCGCGUUCACGACGCGGAGCGCGCCUAUGAAGCCAUUCGCGCGGGUAUUCUGGACAGACUGAAGCUCUUGCUGAAAGAUGAGGAAGGCUCGGUUAGGACAAGAACUGCAGAGGUGCUGUAUCUGCUGGCCACACACAGCGUGGGCAGGGAGGCCAUGCUAAGAACACAUGUGGUUCCCACUCUGUCAGGCCUGCUGGAUGAGCCUGUACAUGCCUGUCGUAAGAACAUACACCAGACCCUGAAGAUGUUGGCUGAAUUUCCUGCAGGAGUGUCAUGCAUGGUGGCUUCGGGUCUGGUCCCCAGACUCCUGAUGAGGGUUCCCGAGGAGCAGGAGGACGUCCGUGCGCUCGUAUUGUCCACGCUGAGCUCCUGCAUGCGGGAGGACGCGCUGCCUGCCCUGGCCAAUGGGGGCGUCGCUGUCCUGAAGGAGCAACUCUCCCACACCUGCCCUGACAUCCGCAGGGCUGCCACCUCGGCCACUCUCGCCAUCAGUGUUCCUGUGGAGGGGAAGAGGAGGUUGUGUGAGGAGGACGUGCUGCCUAUUCUGGUUGGGCUGCUGUCGGAUCAUGACCUUGCGGUCAGCGCUAAUGCAGCUGGAGCCAUCAUGAACACGGCCGUCAUCACCAAAGGGAAGGUCCAGGCCCUGGAGACUGGAGUCAUUCAGCCUCUGCUGUGCCUUCUGGGGAGGGGUCACACGGCGGCCUGCACCAACGCCCUCCGUGCCCUCACCUGCCUGGCAGAGGUGCCUAGCGCACGGCAGCAGCUCCUCCCACACCUGCCCCUGCUGGAGUCGCUCCUACGCCACCCCGCCCCUAUCAUCCAGCGGGCCGGCAGUACCGCCAUACAGGUCGUCUCCUGGACUCCCUGAGAGAGGAGGCAAGGGGCGGAGCUACAGGCCGUGAGACUCCCGCCCCUUCCUGUGCUGAAGACGAUUCUUCUCUGUCCAUUAUAGACGCUUAGAGGUUCGUUUAGUUGCAUUCAAAGGUUUAAAGGACAGAUCUGUGUUUAUUUAGUUUAAAGGACAGAUCUGUUUAUUCUGAUCUUUCUUUUCUUCAUUUAUUUUUCUUCCACUAAGACGUUCAGUACCGUCACGUGCCAUUGAUGGAACACGUUUCCAUUCGCGAAUGCAGCUGCGUGGAAAGCCUUAUGACACCAGCCACGAGGACUUGUGUGUGUGUGUUGGGUUCCACUGCGUAAUACCAUCAUUAGAUGUUUAAACAACGCAGACGACACGAUGCUUUUUCAAACCAGAGAAAGGUCUCAAAGUCCUGCUCCUCGCGUGCUUCGCUUUAGUGAGCUUCGCUGUCACGACAGCGCGCGUAAGAUUAGACACAUGCCAGGCAAAGCACGCGACAGAGAUCACGCAUGUGUGCACAGAAAUGAACACGAGCUGUUUGUAACUAAAAUGUGCAUAUGCGUAAUAAACUGACACGCCUGUUCUUUCA